AUAUGUAUAUUCGUAACUAUACAAUCUGCUUUGCUCAGAUAAAUCAAGAUACUAACAAAUCAUUAUUUCUGACUAACAAUAAUCCAGUCAUUAAUUUACCAUGGGUGAACGAAACGUCAAAACGUUAAUUUUUCCCCUUUCGAUGCUUCGGUUUCGUCCAGAAGCGGAGGCUUUAUCGAUUGCACAGACUAACGAAAUGAAAUAUUCUCGUGAAAUUUUUGCACGAUCCGACUGCUAUCAUGGAAGCUUAUUAAUACAGAUGUUGGGAGCAGGCAAAGUUAUUUUGGGCGUGUAACUGUUAACCUCAGAAAUGCACACCUAGAUCCUGCUGAUUUUAACAUUGACACAUCUCACUCAUAACUCUGACAUUCUGGGAAUAUUCUUUAACUAAUCUUGUUUAAACAUGGAUCCAGAUUCCAUAGAGAUGGCAAACGAAAUCAAGAGCAAAGUCAUACUACACUGGAACUGUCGAGGUCUUGUGGAAUUUCCAGAAGUAAUAAGAUCGCACGGUAGUCACAUUCAAGAGAUAUAUCUUAAAUGGAACAAGCUCACUACUCUGCCACCCUGGAUCAUAGAACUGUUUAAUGUAACCAACUUGUACAUGUAUGGCAAUCUGAUCGAACAAUUGCCCAAGGAACUCGGUCAGAUGAGUCAGUUGACAGUGUUGGAUCUAAGUGCUAAUAAACUGGAACAGAUACCUUCCUGUAUCGGUAAUCUGAGGAAUCUAAAGUCCUUAUUCUUAAAUGACAACUUCAUAGAAAGAUUACCAAUUGAAUUGAGCAACCUCAGUAAUCUGGAAAUACUAUCUAUCUCGGGCAAUCAGAUUGUUGCACUACCAGAAUGGACUGGCUCUUUACCAAAACUUAAAGAAUUGUAUAUAGAUAACAAUAAGUUGAGAGAACUACCUAACAGAUUGACUAUAGCUCCUGAACUUGCUAUGAUCUCUGUGUGUUCAAACAGGUUAAGAUAUUUACCAUUGAAUGGAUUUUUAUCAGCUCCCUGUAUCCGAUUUGAUGCAAAUGAAUACUUAAAUUAUGUGUCUUAUCCUCUUCUACUUCAACUACUUUCGCAACUUCGGACGACGGUUGUACACGACAGAGGCAGUUUGGCAUUUGGGUGUUUUAAAACACAUUAUGACACUACUGUGUUAAAUACAAAUAUGAAAUUGUACAUAGAGAUGAAGGGUUUGUAUGAAAUGAACGCCGACAUUAUAAUUGAAUUACCACGGCAGCUCUUAAAAAUUCACGAAGUUCAGGAAAACACAAUCUGUUCCCUAUGGGAAUUAGCACUGCGAAGAAUUUAUAUCGAGAGUUACAAACACACCCUCAAUGUGUUCACUUCUCCUCCAAAUGUAACAAUAAUCUACGAAUCUCUUCUCAAGAAUACUAAAUUGGACUUUACAUUAUCUUCUACAAAUUAUACUUUAUACAGUUUAUUAAUGAAUGGACCUGCCAGUAUCUGUAUAAAUACACAGUGUCAGCAACCUAUAUUUACAGAAGCGUGGAUCAUUAUCGGUAUCAGCCGUUACGCAGAGUCCAUGAUAAUGAUAGCUUUAUGUUGUAGCAAAAGUUGCGCCACUACAUUUGCUACACAUUCAAAUAUGACUAUUAAGCUUCAUUGGCACUCGAUCAAUUGAUGAAUUGAUUCUCCUCAUUUAGAUAUUGAUAGGUACUUAAUUAAUGCACAUUUGUAUGUAAAAGAUAUUAGCGAAAUAAAAAAUUUCUUUUUUGUUGAAAUGUGAAAGAA